AUUAUUUAUCGUGACUAAAAUUGAGAUUAUAAAAUAUAUUUGCUAUAAAAAACAAUGCAUUGUAGUAAAAUGCAUGUCUUUUGAUGAUUUUAAAUAUAAUUACAAGUUAAAAAUUAUUACAAUUUGCUAAUCAAACUACAGUUCACACCCUAUUCAUUUCUUACAUUUUGGUAAAGUGCAUGAUAAUACUUUACAAAAAAAUAAUAAAUAUUACUUUUGCCAAUAACAUAUUAAUAACAUCGCCAAUAUUAGUUUAAAAAUUAAGAAUGGAACGAAAUGGCGCGAGAGAAAUGGAAGAACGAAUGUGUAUAAGAGCUAGUGGAAAAGCAUUGAAAAAGUAUGGUAGUACAGCCAAGCAUGUUACACGAACUGAAAAUUUAAUAAAACAUACUGUAUCAGCAACUGAUACUCUUCAAGGAAUUGCUUUAAAAUAUGGAGUCACAACUGAACAAAUUAGAAGAGUUAACAGAUUAUGGGCUUCUGAUAGUUUAUUCUUAAGAGAACAUUUACUUAUUCCUGUUACGCCAGAAAGCCCAUUAUCAUUACCAGUGGACAAUACUAACGAAACUGAACAUAGUGGAAUUCAAAAUGUGUCUAGUCCAUCUUCAAUAGCAUCAUCUAUAGAUGACGAUAAUUCAGUUAAUGACUUCUUAGCUAAAAUGGAUUGUUCUAUAGCUAGUGUUAAAAGAGAAGUAAAGCGUACUCAGGGGAAUAGUGAAUUUUGCACAGAUGACAAUGACCUCUAUAUACAGCAACGUAGAGCAUCUGCUAAAUUGCGUAAUUCACUUCCUGUAACUUCAAAUAUAUACACAGCACCGUCUACAUCAGAACCAUUAAGAUCGUCAUCUUCUAAUGAUAUGCAUAACUUCCCAACUGCUGUAGUUAUGACUCAGGGUAGAAAAGUGAAAACAUCAUUACAGAGACUUCAAAAAGAACAAGAUGAAAUAUUCCAAUUGUAGCAGCUAAAUUUUACUAGAUCCUAACAUGUUAUGAACUAAUGGCAUCAUUAAGACAUUUGAAGAAAAGAUAUAUUAAUAAUGAACAAUGUACUGGAAUCGGUAGAAGACUAUUUCAUAUUUGAAAUUUGUUGAUCCAGUAUUAAUGUAAGUUAUAUUCAUUGUUUUUUCAUAAACUUUAUAUUAUAUUUUCAUUACACUCUAAUUGGAAAUAUUUAUAGAGAACAAUACUGACCAUUUCUAUUCGCGUAGCUUCAAUACUAUAUGAACAAUGAAUCAAUUAGCUCUCAUAUUGUCCAAGCAUAUAUUUAAAAUAUUUCCAAACAUAUGUCUUAGUAAACCGUAUGUGCCUUUGAUCCAAAUCAAUUGUGUUCUAAUUUUACAGUUAACUUU